UUUAAUUUUUUGCUCAAUAUGCUUCAACAAGUUAGAGCUUUUUCAACAACUCUUCUACGUUCAUUUCCGCGUUCAUUUCCACGACUUCCAGUUACACCACCUCUUGCGCGUGUAGUUGCUGAAGAACUCAAGCGUUACGAACAUUGCAGCCCAGUAACACCGGACUCCCAUAUAAAGAUGGCUAAUCAACACAUUAGAGAUCUGGACGUUGCUUCCGCGUCAAAAGAAAUUCGGCUAGGAUCUUCGCUUCAAUUGAAAGUUUUUUUGAGGACUUACGAAUUGGAUGUCGACAGCUUUUCCAUGCAAACAAACGUUGUGAAUUAUCUGACAGAGAAUUGCGUAGAUGAUGGAGAGGAAUUUAGCAGUAACUGGAAUUGUGCUCAUUGCGCCCACAAACACUAUGAUGAUUUUGAACAUCUUCUCUCGGUCUCAAUUUCUUAUGAUGCAGCUGUAGAUUUCUGUAAUGAAUUAUACGAAAUUGUUAUGAACAAGCGCUUUGACAAAAACCAUUUACUUGCUGAAUGGAAGGGCCGCUGGGAUAAGGAGUUGUUGUUCCCCGUUGUAAUGAGUGAUGGAACUGUUGUGUACACAAGAGGUGAAGAGAUUAUGAAGAAAGAGUAGAGAAAUGAAUAUUUUGUAUUUUUUAUUCUUUACAUUCAGAGUUCCAAGUAAAAACGCCUGUUCGG